UAUUGGGGGAAAAUGCCGAAUUUGAUGGGAUUAAAAAAUUAUGAAGAAAAAGCUUAUGAAGAAUUAGUUGGAAAUAAAAUAAAAAGUUCUGCAGAUUUGGAUGUUUAUUUAGAAAGAAAGUUGUUAGAAAAUGUUGCUAAACUCGCAAUUUAUUUUGAAGAAUUUAAAAUGGAUGAGAAAUUUGAACAAAUAAAAAUUACCGUAAAUUAA